GUGCGUAGCAGGCAGGGGGAGUGUGCUACAGCAGUCAGUCAGUGUCAGUGAUGGGCACAGGACUACAUCUCCCAUGCUGCCUCGCUCAGGCCCUCAGUCACCUGCGGAAAUCAGCGUGAUCUGUCCGGCUCACAGAGGAGGAAGAAGCCGCUGCAGCAGGCAGCAGGUCUGGGAUGUGACACCGACCUCUCUGCACCAACACUCAGCAGCCUGAUCAGCCCCAGGUGAGUCAUGGCUAUCCUGUUUUCCGUCGUUGCCAGAGGAACCACCAUAUUGGCAAAACAUGCCUGGUGUGGGGGAAAUUUCCUGGAGGUGACGGAGCAGAUCCUAGCCAAAAUCCCAUCGGAAAACAACAAGCUGACGUACUCCCAUGGCAGUUAUUUGUUCCAUUACAUCUGUCAGGACAGAAUCAUAUACCUUUGCAUCACUGAUGAUGAAUUCGAACGUUCCAGAGCUUUUAAUUUCUUGAAUGAAGUGAAGAAAAGGUUCCAGACCACUUAUGGAUCAAGGGCACAGACAGCGCUCCCCUACGCCAUGAACAGCGAAUUCUCCAGUGUCCUUUCGGCGCAGCUGAAACACCACUCGGAAAACAAGAGUGUGGACCGUGUUGUGGAGACACAGGCCCAGGUGGACGAAUUGAAAGGAAUUAUGGUCCGGAACAUAGAUCUGGUUGCCCAAAGAGGAGAACGAUUAGAAUUAUUAAUCGAUAAAACAGAGAACCUUGUUGAUUCGUCUGUCACCUUCAAGACCACAAGCAGAAACCUUGCGCGAGCUAUGUGCAUGAAGAAUCUGAAGCUCACCAUCAUUAUUGUUGUCAUAACAAUAGUUGUCAUCUAUAUCAUUGUGUCAGUAGCAUGUGGCGGGUUGACGUGGCCCAGCUGUGUAAACAAGUAAUCCCUUUUCCUCUAAUGCAUGAACGCGAUCAUCAGUAACCAGAGAGUGAAGUACUGACCACACCCAUAGCAUCCCGAGAAAAGAGACUUGAUGCAAAAGCCUUUUCCCCAGGAAGGUGCCAGAUUGUCUCCUUAACGCUCUCAUCCCUCCAUCAUUACUGGACAUUGUAUCUCUAUGCCUUAUAACAUAUAUACAAGGAAACCUCGCCCGGGGAACCUGUCGUCCUGGACAAAGACAUUUAAAGAGAAGAAGUUUGGUAACCGCAGAGAUUUCCUCGUAAACAGUAGACUUUUUUUUUUUUUUUUUUGUCCUCUGUUUUUUCGUCCAAUUAUCCCUUGUAUAUUUGUUUUUGACAGGUUAAUGUUUUUAACCUCCACUGAGUGUUUGUAACAUUCUGUUUUUACUUAUCCAGCCGCACAUUCUUUAUCUUUUUGGCACUAGCAGACAUGAUAUUAUUUCGGUGACGCCAAUUUGGCCCAAGAUAACGCUUCUUUUAAUGUGACACAAACCACAGUCCACUUAUCUAUGUCCAGCACACACAUUAUUAUUUCAUGUUUUCUCCAGCUGCUGUUAAACUAUGAUUAAAGCUCACCAACAUUGUGAACUGUGUGCUCAGCUGAUUUAUCUGUGGGCUGAUGAUGGUUUCUUGUACAAUGGUGCUGCCAUUUUGAAUUUCCUCAAAAUAAUGGGGAGUUACCCAUGGUAACCAAUCAGCUGCUCUGUAUAAUUUUAUAGUAUGCAAAUUAUAAAUGUUGCUUGAAUGCUGAUUGGUUGCCAUGGGCAACUUCUUCACUCUUUUGACUGCUUAGUACAUAUCCCCCAUAGUCACAAAGUGCAGGAGUUAAGGUUUUAAUACAGUUAACAAAGAUUUUCUCUCUUAUGUAAAGUUUAGUAGCUGUGAUCUUUUUCUUCAUUUCAUAGAUAUUUCCAGAAGUAUAUAAAGUGGUUAUAUAUUCCAAACACUACACAAAAUAUAUUUUUGUCUUGGGCCUUGUAUGAAAUUGGUAUAUAAGUACCAACCAAUCAGCUAAUGGUAAUUUUUUAAACACAGUCUAUAAAUUGACAGAAACUGGGGAUGUAGUUAUAGCACGGCAGUCACCAUCCUGACGGUCAGAAAGCAGACUGUGGCAUCCCAACACUCAGAAUCUGACAGUAAGUACUGGGGUUAUGGUUAAGCACUAGGUAGAUGAUUAGGGUUAGACUGGGGGGCAGUUAGGGUUAGGCGGUGGGGGUUUAGGGUUAGGCUAUGGGACAGCUAGAGUUAUGGGCCCUACACACAUAGCGACCGGCAAUACGGCAGACGGGCAACCCGGAGGCGGGGGGGAGUGAACUUUCUUUAUUCCCCCCGUCACCCGGCUCCAUAGCACUGCAUGCUAAUAUGGACGAGAUUGUCCAUAUUGGCCUGCAUGUUUAAACGAGCCUGCACCAGAGAUGAACAAGUGCAGGGCCUUUUAUCGUUCAGCGCUGGUGCCUACACACUGAAAGAUAUGAACAGUAUCUCGUUCAUUAAUGAACAAGAUCGUUCAUAUAUUUCACUGGUAUCGACCAGUGUGUAGGGCCCAUAAGGCUGCGGGAGGGUUAGGAUUGGGGUAUGGGUCAAAAUACUCACCAGAAUCCUUAAGGACUUUGAACAUCGGGAUGCUGUUUUUGACAUUCUGACCGUUUGUAUGGUGACUGCUGGGAUAUCGAUACCAUCCCAGAAGCUGAUUGGAUGAUACUUUAACACUCUCCAUAAUUUCUCUCUAAGCUUUGAUAAAUCUGCCCUUAAAAUGCUAAAAUAAAAUGAAGGAAACACUGACAGAAUGCUGAGGUAAAACUACUACAGUUUAAGUUCUUCUGUUAAGAUUAUAAGGCUUGCACAUGCUCACUUACAUCAUAAUUUAUGUAAUGACAAUAGGCUCGGCUCUGUUUGUAAACUAAUCCUAUAUUAGGUUUGAUAUCUGUGAAGUACAGUUGCCUGAUGUCGCUCCAUCUUUUCAGCUACACAAAGAGGCAAUUGUGACCUGUGCUGGGAUAAUUGCACCUCACUUUCAAUGUUCUACAGUGUUCUUUGUUGGGGCAAGCUGUACCAUAACUUGUUAACGUGUUCAUUGCAAUUGUUUUCCUAAAUGACUUUUUUGCAUUUUUUCUUAAUUCUGUAAUACUAUGUCUCAGACUGCUGAAAAUAAAGAUAGAAGCACCAUGGCA